AGAGCCCUACAUCCUUUAUGCCCCCCUAUAAGCUCCCACCAUCCCCUACAGACUCCAGCCCACCCCUUUGUCGCCCCAUUGGCACUCCACAGCACCGCCACCACCCACAUCCUUUUCCGUUGUAGGGCGGAAGGAAGCGGCGGCCCCACAGUGUGGCAGCAGCGCCAUGGCUGGCCCUAUAACCGCCCUUAUGGGCGUUGUGCUCAGGGGUGAGGGGGGAUCCCAUAUUUGGGGGUGUCCUAUGGGGGUUGCUAUGGGGUCAGUAGGGUGCUAUGGGGUGCUUUGGCCCCACGGUGACCCCACUGUGCCCCCCCCCCAAGCUCUGUUCUCCCCUAUGGGAACCUUCAACUUCCAUCCGACCCCACAGCGGGUCCUGGAGGUCGCGGGGACCCCCAGCUUUGGUUAUGGGGUGCUGAUGCUGUCAGAGGGACGGGUGGUUGUGGGGGCUCCAAAUGUGGGGCGGUUGUAUGGCUGCCAGGUGCAGAGUGGGGAGUGCAGGGAAGUGGAGUUAUGGGGCUUGUGGCCCCGGGCUGAGGUGGGAAUGCAACCACAACAUCCACGUUGGGGGGGUCUGCACUGUGCUGGACCCCUAACUGCAGCCGCUGCAGGUGUUGGAGGCUGGAUAUCAGGUCUGAAAGCAUAUGAGUUCAAGGCCAUCCGGGAUUUCAUGGUGGAGGUGAUGGAGCAGCUGAGCAACAGCUCCUUCAGGUUCGCAGCCGUGCAGUUCUCUGAUUCCCUGGAGCCGGUUUUCGCACUCCGCGAUUACUUGGAGCGGCCGCAGCCCCGGGAGCUGCUGCGCGACGUCCGGCAGCAGGACAGCUUCACCGACACCUUCACGGCUGUCCAAUAUGUCGCAUGCGUGUCAGCUGACCGCCCCACGUGA